AAAAUUAUUUUUGUGAAGUAUAAUUCUGUAUUACUCUUCUUUCAUACAUAUUCUAACCUAGCUAGCUGUACUUUAUCUUUUUAUACACAAUAUUUUUAUUAAUAUUAAAUAUUACAUUGAUCACCAAAAAAUUACUUAAAAUUAGAUUAGUGAUUUAUAAUAACUUUGUUAUUAAAAAAAAAUUGUUUUGUAAUCAACUGAAGUUACACACAGAACAUAAAACAUCAGUAUCAGUGCAAAUCCUCAAAAGUAUCUAGAUCAAACAUGGAUAUUCAUAAUUUUAUAGAAGAACGGUAUAAUAAUAUAGUUAAAUCGUCAAAUGAUAAAAGAGAAUAUAGAGGUCUGUUGCUUUUUAAUAAAAUGAAAGUUUUAGUUAUUAGUGAUCCCUCAACAGAUAAAAGUGCUGCUGCUUUGAACGUGAAUAUUGGUAAUUUAAGUGAACCAGAUGAUUUACCAGGUUUAGCACACUUUUGUGAACACAUGCUAUUCUUAGGAACGGAAAAAUAUCCAGAAAAAAAUGAUUAUAAUAAAUAUUUAUCACAAAAUGGGGGUACAUAUAAUGCAUCAACCCACAUGGAUCAUACACUUUAUUAUUUUGAUGUACAUGCAGAAAAACUGAGAGGUGCAUUAGAUCGUUUUGCACAAUUUUUUAUUGCACCACUCUUUACAGAAGCUUUAACUGAGCUAGAGUUAAAUGCUGUUCAUUUGGAAUGUGAAAAGAAUUUAGCAAACGAUACAUGGCGUCUUGAUCAAUUGGAUAAAUCAUCAGCAGACCCAAAUCAUCCUUUUUCAAAAUUUUCUACAGGAAAUAAAGAAACUUUGGAUGUAAUUCCGAAACAAAAAGGGAUAAAUGUAAGGGAAAAGUUACUUGAGUUUCAUGAUAAAUUUUAUUCUUCUAAUAUUAUGGCAUUAUGUGUACUUGGCAAAGAGAGUUUAGAUGAACUUGAGAAAAUGGUAGUAGAGUUAUUUUCUCAAGUGAAAAAUAAAGAUAUUACAGUACCUACUUGGCCACAACAUCCUUUUAAUCCAAAGGAACAUUUUCAACACAAGUGGUAUGUUGUUCCAAUAAAAGACAUUCGGAAUUUGUAUAUUAUAUUUCCUAUACCUGAUUUGCGAGAACAUUACAAAGCAGCGCCUGCACAUUAUAUUUCACAUUUAUUAGGACAUGAAGGCGAAGGAUCACUUUUAUCUUUGUUGAAAGCAAAAGGAUGGUGCAAUUCGCUUGGAUCAGGUAAACGGUUAGGUGCUAGAGGUUUCAGUUUCUUUGCUGUUUUCGUUGAUUUGACAGAAGAAGGUAUUCAACAUGUCGAUGAUAUUGUUCUAUUAACCUUCCAAUAUAUUAACAUGUUAAAGAAACAUGGACCAGUUGAAUGGAUUUAUAAUGAAUAUAGAGACAUUGCAAAUAUAAAUUUUCGAUUCAAGGAAAAAGGUUAUCCUUGUGAUUAUACCACUGGUAUAGCACAAAUAUUAUAUGAUUAUCCAAUGGAAGAAAUUUUAAUAGCAGAACAUCUUUUCCCAUUAUGGAAACCAGAUUUAAUUACCUGGGUAAUGGAAUAUUUGAAACCAGAAAAUGUUAGAGUUCAUGUAGUUGCAAAAUUAUAUGAAAAUAUAGCUGAUGAAAGUGAAAAGUGGUAUGGUGUCAAAUUUAAAAAAGAAAAAAUAUCACAAAAUAUAAUAAGUAAAUGGAUUAAUGCUGGUUUAAAUUCAGAUUUGAAUUUGCCACCAAAGAAUGAAUUCAUACCUGAAAAAUUUGAUAUAAAACCAGCAGAAAGCACUAUAUCCAAAUUUCCAAUAAUUAUUGAAGAUACUUCAUUAAUAAGAUUAUGGUUUAAACAAGAUGAUGAAUUUCUUACACCCAAAGCUAAUUUAUUUAUUGAUUUUGCCAGUCCAUUAGCAUACAUGGAUCCUCUUAGUUGUAAUCUAACAUAUAUAUUUGUAUUGUUGUUCCGCGAUGCUCUAAAUGAAUAUGCAUAUGCUGCUGAUAUUGUUGGUCUUAAAUGGGAGCUUACUAAUAGUAAAUAUGGAAUGAUAUUGGGAAUUGUUGGCUAUGAUGAUAAACAACAUGUGUUACUGAAUAAAAUUAUAGACAAAAUGAUUAAUUUUAAAGUUGAUUCAAAAAGAUUUGAGAUUUGGAAAGAAAAUUACAUUAGAAGCUUAAAAAACUAUAAAGCUGAACAGCCAUAUCAGCAUGCAGUUUAUUAUCUUGCUGUUUUAUUGUCAGAACAAAUUUGGAUGAAGGAUGAAUUAUUAAAUGCUACAUCUUAUUUAACAGUUGAAAAAGUACAAAAUUUCAUUCCACAAUUUUUGAGCAAAAUACAUAUGGAAUGUUUAAUGCAUGGUAAUAUAACAAUGUCGGAAGCUAUUGAAACAGCAAAAUCAAUAGAAUCAAAAUUAUCGAACGCAGUUCCUCAUAUGGUACCACUAUUAUCUAGGCAGUUAAUUUUACAUCGUGAAAUCAAACUAGAAGAUGGUUGUCAAUUUUUAUUUGAAACAAAAACUAAAUUUCAUAGUAGUUCAUGUACGCAAGUUUAUUAUCAAACGGGUUUACAAUCAACAGAAUCAAAUAUGCUCCUAGAACUUUUAGCACAGAUUCUAUCAGAACCUUGCUUUACUACAUUAAGAACUAAAGAACAAUUGGGAUAUAUAGUAUUUAGUGGAGUUCGAAGAACAAAUGGUGCACAAGGUUUAAGAAUUAUAGUUCAAAGUGACAGACAUCCUAAAUAUGUUGAACAAAGAAUUAAUAUGUUUUUAAAUUCUAUGUUGCAACAUAUAUUAACUAUGACAGAAGAGGAAUUUCAUGCACAUAAAGAAUCGUUAGCAAUACGACGACUUGAAAAACCUAAGCAAAUGACUGCUUUAUCUGCCAUAUUUUGGAGUGAAAUUACAUCACAACAAUAUAAUUUCGAUCGAGCAAAUAUUGAAGUCGCAUAUUUAAGAACUAUAACACAGGAACAAAUAUUGAAGUUUUACAAAGAAAUAUUUCAAAAUGAUGUUCAGCGCAAGUUAUCAGUACAUGUACUUUCUACAUUAAAAGAAUCAAAAUUAGAAGAUGAAGAUGUAAUAGAAUCUAACGAAGAUAUUUCAUCAUCGAAUGAAACAAAUAUUGCUGAGCAGAAAAAAAUUGAUGAUAUUUUAUCAUUUAAAAUUAGUCAGUGUUUAUAUCCAUUACUAAAACCAUUCAGCGAUAUACCAAGGAAAGGAACACAUUCAUCAAAACUAUGAAGUGCUUACUGAUAAUUGUGAAUAUGUGUUUUAAUUAUGUCAUUAUAUCAGAUUGUAGUGAAUAUCAGGUAAAUAAAAUAGUUUUAAUAUGUUCUAUUAUAUAUAUAAAAAAAGAAACAUUUAAAAUAUUAAACAAUUAUUUAAAAAUAAUUAAUUUUAUAUAAAUGGUAAUAGAUAAAAAAUUAAAAGAAUAACUAUAAAAAAUACAAAAAAGUAAAAAGUAACUUUGUUAAAUGGUGAACUAUAUCAAAUAUGUAACAAAGUCUAUAUAGUAUUUGCAACUGAGUACUUAAUAAUAAUUAAGAAAUACAAAUAAUUGUUUUGUUAUACAUCAAAAUUUCUGUAUGCUCUUAAAAUUUUCUAAAAAUAAAUAUACUAUAAUUACUUUGAA